GUUCCCGUCCUCGCUCCUCCGUCCCCUCUGCGCACCGCGCACCCACUCCUUAAAGUCCUCGCACUCCCACUCGGCCCUCUAGACGUCUCCCGUGUCCCGCCAUAGACUUGCGCUUAACGACCGAUCUCCACUCGCACGACGACUUUCCGCCAACCCAGCACCGCGACGGCAACUUCUACUCCCCCGAGAACUCCCUCUGCGAUGGCUACUGCGCAGCCGAUCUCCUUUCAAUCUGCUGAGCAGCAGGACUUCAACAUGGGCUCGGGCUCGUUCACUGGGACGAACGGGUCCUUCAACCCCUCCUCAUACACCAAGCACCUCAUUGGCUCCCCCUUCUCAUUCCGAGGGGGCUCGUAUGGCAGCCGCUUCUACCCUGGCAUGUCCCCUGGGCAGCUCCUUGGGCCAUUAGAUCCGAACGACUUCAAGUUUGGCAAGAUGUCAUCGUCGAUCGAGAGUGACAGGGGCUCCAUAGUGAACGCCCUCCAUGUGUUCGACAGGCAGGACGAACUUGCGCGAGACUACACUUGCUGCGGUCUGAACUUGAACGACUUGCAUGCGCUCGUCGAUCACUUCGAGGAGUGCCAUGUCGUCGUCCUCGACCCAUAUGCUCCCCAGCAAGCCAUCGCACAAGCGAACGGCACGUCCUCCCACCCUGCGUCUGGCGCACAACGCUCGGUGUCGUACUUCCCCGACGCGAACGGUGUGCCUUCGAACCAACAGUCGGGUCCUCAGCAGCAGUCAAUAUCAUACCAAGGGUUUGAUCCCGAUGAUAUGGAAUUGGAUGUCGACCAGAACCAAAGUGCGCCGUCUUCCGGAGCGCCUUCGCCUCCCGACACUCCCGUGUCCACUCCCCUCAACUCCUACCCCUCGUACUCCCACUCUGCGCUCCCCUCCCCCGCGCUUGCUCACGCGAGUCAGCCGGCGUCGCCCAUCUCCGCGUUUGACACGACCACCGUCCUCCCAUCUCGCGCUCACCACAUGAGUGGUUUCCGUUCGAGCGUCGGUGGCUCCGGCUCCGGUUCUGGUGCACGCGCUGAGGACGCGUUCAACGCGUACGCGGGCUACUCGGACUACUCGAGCCUACUCCCCGGGACCAACCCGCUCGGUGGCGGCGCGAACACUAUGUUCAUGCAGCAGCAGCAGAACCAGAUGGCGAACAUGUCUCUUGGCCCUAUGAACGGCAACCAGGCGUCGUGCGCACCUACCGCGCUGCUCCUGUCGAACAGUGCUGGAAACACGCCUGACAGCACUCCCGCGUCGUCCCGUGUCGCGUCGCCCAUUCCGGGCAGCUCGACCACGUACCGCAAUGUCGCUCCAUCUGGUUCGCAGAACGCGCAGGCAUCAUCAUCUGGUGCGUCGUCAAGUAACGGGUCUGGCUCGAACCCCGCGAGCCCUUCGACGCCCCGCGCAUCCACCACCCUCUCGCGCCCCGCGUCAUCGCUGCUCCUCUCGAAGCCGUUCCGCUGCCCCAAGCCGAACUGCAACAAGAGCUACAAGCAGGCGAACGGCCUGAAGUACCACAUGACGCACGGGUCUUGCAACUUCGCGCCCCCCAAGGAUCUCGAGCACUUGCAGGAGCUCCUUGCGAGCAAGCGUAGCGAGAAGGCAGCGAAGGCUGGCGAGAACGGUGCGGUCGCGACCGAGGCAGAGGUUACCUUGAGCGACGCCGAGUUGAGGGAGGUCGAGAAGGAGGCUGAGCGGAGACUCAGGCCGUAUGCUUGCGGUGUUGGUGACUGCCAGAGGAGGUACAAGAACAUGAACGGCCUAAGGUAUCACUACCAGCACUCUGGCGACCACGGCGCGAUCGGACUUGCGCUUCUUGCGAGCGGGCAGCACGAGUGUCUCCAGCACAACAAGAGUCACUCGCGGCAUGCGACGCCCUCGCAGCCCGCGACCCCUUCGCAGCCGUCGCCUCGCUCGCCGACGACCCCUUCUAGUCAGUCGUCGUUCGCGCAGCAGCAGUCGUCCGCGUUCGCACAGCCGCCGACCUACCAGAGCGCGUCGCUCAACCCGCCGACGUACGCGUACCAGCCGAGCGCGAGUCAGCAGUUCGCGCAGCAGCAGGCGGCCCCGCAACCCCAGCAGCAGUACACCCAGGCCCAGUCACAGCCGAUCCCGCAACAGCAGAGUCAGCACUACUCGGCUCAGGGCUUCAAUAUGAUGCAGCAAUAAUCGCCGCCGUCCGCUGCUAGCCCUCUUCCUCAUGUGUCCCGAUGGAUUGCUCCGUGCUCCCGGCUACCCUAGACAUCAACCGCUCUCACGUCCGUCACUGCACGACCCGCCCGCCCUGGAUCCCGGCAGGCGCAAAAAAGUACAGACACAGCACGCGUCAGCGGCGUACAUAAUGCAGUCUCUCUCAUCGCGCGUCCGUCUCUUCCCAUCCUUGUUUGUGUCCGUUCGCCUCUGCUCCAUGAUGAUUUCCCUACUCCGUGUUUUCCGUCUGUCUCCCCUCCCAACCAGUGUAUAAUCGAUAGUUUCACUCGUUCGCGUUCGUUCCCGGCGUCCCGGUCCCAGUCCCGUCCUCUCUGCUCUUGCACUGCUCGACGCUCACAUAUCCCGGUCGAGCUCCAUGAUUCUCAUUACACUCCUCCCCUUCACCCCGUAAUAUAGCCGCCCCUCCUUCCUUCCCUUCCCCGCCCCACCCACGUUCCCACUCCAUCUCGCGCUCUUCUUGCUGGUUCGCCCGUUUCGCC